UUUGCGAAGAUGCUAAUUUAGUUAUGGAAAUAAUUUUUUACAUAAUAAAUUGCAAUGCAAACAAAACUGAGAAACGAUGUAGAUUUAAGAAGAAAUUUUUUAUUUCUGGUGUUGAUAGUAUAAUGACUAACGAAUGCAAUAUUUGUAAUAAGUCGUUCGCUAGUAAACAGGGUUUAAGUAUUCAUAUGAGAAUCCAUACAGGAGAAAAACCCUACAAAUGUGAGACAUGUGAUAAAUGUUUUACUGAUUCGAGCAAUUUGAAUCGUCAUCUCAGAACACACACGGGAGAAAAACCAUACAAAUGUGAAACAUGUGAUAAAUGUUUUUCUGAAUCGAGCAAUUUGAAUCGUCAUCUCAGAACACACACGGGAGAAAAACCAUACAAAUGUGAAACAUGUGAUAAAUGUUUUUCUGAAUCGAACAAUUUGAAUCGUCAUUUCAGAAUCCACAUGAAAAAAAAAAAUGAAAGAAAAACCCUAGAAGUAAAUAAUAUGUAAUCAUCGUUAAACUCAUCAUGAUAGAUUUUAUAAUGGAAAAUCACCCUACGAAUGUAAAAUAUGUAAUAAAUCUUUUCCAGAAGAAUGGAUAUUAGAUUGUCAUUUCAGAAGACAUCUGAGGGAGACACUAGAGAAGUAAGAAAUACCCCGAUAAAAAUUGCAAGACUGGAAUGAAAGGAAGUAACAAUACAACGACUUAUUCAAAUGUAGUUUCUAGCGAUUAUGUUAGCAGCAAUCGUCGUUUCGAAGAACAAAAUCGUUUAAUACAGGAACCUUCUUACUCAUUCUGUAUUUAGACUAUUCAUUUGUCUCGUGUGUAAUAGUCAAUUUCAAAGUGAAGCUUACCUGGAUGUUCAUCGUAUAAUGCACGAUCUAUACCCAUUUAAUUGCAUUAUUUGUUUUUAAGCUAUCUGCAGCCAUAAGGCUUUUCAAGAACACGAAACAAUACACAAUUCAUUAGUCGAUUCGUCUUACCAUUGCAAUAGACGCAGUGGAACAUUUGCUUGAGAAUAAAAUUACGAAGUUAAAAUUGAAUGUAAUAUAAAUUUUCUUAAGAAAAUUUCGAUUGGAGAUAUGCCAACAAAAUUUUUUUUGAUAAUUUUAAAUAUUUUAAAGUGAUUUUAAAAUAA